AUGACUGAAAUUGUGGUUAUUUUAUACUGGAAUGGAAGAGUGUACGAAGAAAAUGAGGUUGAUUCAAGGAGUGGAAAUUACACAAUUUUAGAUGUAUGUGAUGAUGAAGACAUUGAUUGUAUGAUAAGUGCUUGUCAAGAACGGCAUGAAAGAGUAGUUGAGUUAUAUGUGGAUAUUGCGGUUGGUGAAACUUCUCAUGUAGGUGAAAGUUUGUUAUGUUUAAAUGUAUCACUCCCAACUGUGUCUGUUAGUGACAAUGAAGAAGAGUAUGCAAUUGGAGGAGAUGACGAAGAUGAGUACGAUGAUGACUAUGAAGAUGAAGGAGAAAUUCCUUUAGAUAGUUCUUCUGAUACUGAUUUGGAAGAUGGGUUCGAUUCAAUGAUGACAGUUCCAAACACUGAAAGAAAUAACAUUAUGCAAGGACAAUCUGCAGAUUCUAUAACACUUUUUUGGAACAUAAGUUCACACUACACUGCUAUUAAUUGGGAACAUCCUGAUCAAGAAUUGGAUUUUUUGGAGUUGCAUUCGUCACAAUCAUGGGUACAAGGAGAUGCAUUAUAUGUUGGACAACUAUUUGACUCUAAAGAGGAGGUAAAGAUGGCGAUAAAACAUUAUGCAAUGAAGAAACAUCAAACAUUUUUUGUGGUUGAGUCAAAAGCAUCAACUCAUUUUGUCAAGUGUAUGGUCAAAGAAGAACCUUCUGUUCCCGUUUCAUUAAUCCAAGAGAGAAUAAGUGGCCAAUUUGGGUAUUCAGUUUCAUACAAAAAAGCAUGGAAAGCAAAGCAAAAAGCAAUUGUGACAAUAUUUGGUGAUUGGGAUGAAUCUUAUGCAACAUUACCAAGAUGGUUAGAAUACAUGCAAUUACAUGCUCCAGGGUCAGUUUACAAAAUUGAGACCAAUGAUUAUGUGAGAGGUAAUGUAAUGGAUAAUAGAUUCAAAGUCUUUCAUCGAGUAUUUUGGUCGUUUAGGCAAUGUCGUGAAGCCUUCAAGUUUUGCAAGCCUAUAAUACAGGUAGACGGUACCUUUUUGUAUGGUAAGUAUAAGCAAACAUUGCUUAUUGGUACAACUCAAGAUGGCAAUAACAGUGUGCUUCCUAUAGCAUUUGCCAUUGUUGAAGGAGAAACAUUAUCAACAUGGGAAUGGUUCUUAGCCAUGAUCCGUCUAAAUGUUACUGAUAAAACUGGAAUUUGUUUAAUAUCUGAUCGUCAUCAAAGUAUUAAAAGUGCUGUGUCUAAUCCAUAUAUUGGGUGGCAACCUCCUAAUGCUUACCAUGUUUAUUGCAUUCGUCACAUUGCAAGCAAUUUCAAUAGAAGAUUCAAAAAUUCCGCAAUGAAGAGUAUGCUUAUGAAAUUAGCGUAUACACCUUGCAAGCAAAGAUUUGAAGCUGGUCUUAAUAAAUUUCGUUCGCAUUCUCCUGAAGUUCAAACAUGGAUUGACAACAUAUCAAAGGAAAAGUGGAGCUUGACUUAUGAUCAUGAAGGGCGGCGUUAUGGUCACAUGAUGACUAAUUUGUCUGAGUCAAUGAAUAAAGUUUUAAAAGGGGCAAGAAAUCUCCCAAUUACUGCCCUUGUGAAAGCAACCUAUAGUAGAUUGGUCGAAUAUUUUGUCAAACGGGGUGAAAGCGCAAUCAAUGACAUGAACAAUGGUAAAAGGUAUUGUCGUAAAUUAAUUGAAGCUAUAGAAAAAAAUCAAGAAGAAGCAUCUUCACAUCAGGUUCGUCGUUACGACAUACAAAGUACAAGGUUCGAGAUUGAAGAGGCUUUUAAUCCAAUGACACAAAGGGGGGGUCAUAAGUGGAGUGUGAUAUUAUCUACACGUGAAUGUGAAUGUGGCAAAUUUCAGGCAUACCGAUACCCUUGUUCACAUGUCAUAGCCGCUUGUGUUACUGUAAGUAUAGACUUUUGGCAGUAUGUUGAUCCUGUAUAUACUCUGCAGUAUGUUGUGAAUGCAUACUCAUCUCAGUGA